AUGUUGGCGAGCAUAGCACAAGACCCUGAAAGCUGUGGAACAGUUGAUUCCGCUUCUGAAACGAUUACAUUCAACUGUGGUGGAUUUGAAGGCCGAUAUGUAAACAUCAUCAUACCAGGAGAGGCUAAAAUGUUGACUUUGUGCGAGGUUGAGAUCUUUGGAACAGAAGUAUUAUCCUCAUCUGGAACCGAAAACGUGGCUUUCGGUGCACUGCCGAAGCAAUCCAGCACAGAUGAAGAGGCAAUUGCUGAGCGAGCCAUUGAUGGUAACAGCGACAGCGACUUCACGCAUGGUUCAUGCGCGCGCACCAGGAAAUCCAAUAACCCUUGGUGGAGAGUCGAUCUAAUAGAGAUAUACAACGUGUCAGAUGUAAGAAUCACCAACAGAGCAGACUGCUGCGCUGACCUGCUCCAUGGAGCCGAGAUCCGCAUCGGGGAAACACUGGAAAAAGAUAACAAUUCCAACAGACUCUGUGGAACCGUUGCUUCAGUUUCUAGGACGACAUUGAUCUUCAAAUGUGGUGGGAUUGUGGGCCGAUACGUGACCAUUUUCAUACCAGGCCAGGAUAAAAUAUUAACCCUGUGCGAGGUUGAGAUCUUUGGAUCUGAAGUCUCUUCCUUACCUGAAACAGAAAACCUGUCGCCCGGUGCACUGCCGACCCAGUCCAGCACGGAUGGAGGGGCACGUGCUAAGCGAGCCACUGACGGGGACAGCGACAGCGACUUCAGGCAUGGCUCAUGCUCUAGCACCAUUAAAUCGAAGAACCCAUGGUGGAGACUCGAUCUAAAGGAAAGCUACAACGUGUCCGAUGUAAGAAUCACCAACAGAGCAGACUGCUGUUCGGACCAGCUCCUAGGAGCCGAGAUCCACAUCGGGGACUCGCUGGAGAACGAGGGCAAUUCCAACACACUCUGUGCAAUCGUUGAUUCAAUUUCUUGGACGACAUUUACCUUCAACUGCCGUGGAUUUGUCGGUCGUUAUGUGAACAUCAUCAUCCCAGGACAGGACAAAAUAUUGACCCUGUGCGAAGUUGAGAUCAUAGGUUCAAAACUCCCGUACUUACAUGGUGCAGAAAACGUGGCGUUGGGAGCACGCCCGACCCAAUCCAGCACGGAUGACGGGGCAGGUGCUGAGCGAGCCAAUGACGGUAACAACGACAGCGACUUCUGGCAUGGUUCAUGCGCGCGCACCAAAAAAUCCAAGAACCCUUGGUGGAGAGUCGAUCUCAAGGAAAGGUACAAAGUGUCAGAUGUCAAAAUCACCAAUAGAGGUGACUGCUGCUCGGACCAGAUCCAAGGAGCCGAGAUCCGCAUCGGGGACUCGCUGGAGAAUAAUGGCAAUUCCAACCGAUUCUGUGCAACAGUGGAAUCGUUUUCUACGUCGUUGUCCAUCAACUGUGGUGGAUUUGUUGGUCGAUAUGUGAACAUCAUCAUCCCAGGCCUGGACAAAAUCUUGACCCUGUGCGAGGUUGAGAUCUUUGGUUCACAGCUUCCGUCUUUACCUGGAACAGCUUCCCUCUCCUCACUGAUGCAACACAUAAUUGCAAAGCCAACUGAAAUCUUCUGCAGGGGGCAGGAGCCCGAGUUGUAG